UUAGAAUUCCGGGCUGGGAAAGACAGGUUCGCAACAAGCGUUUGAUCCCCCGUCGACUGCGCUAAUUCUGACUUCAAUUUAUCGACCCACUCCGAACAUGGAAAAUUUCAUCAACUCUCCUCCUCCUCCUUCUGAAUUUAAUAAAAUUUCGAUUUCGGAAAUUUCAUCAAGUUACAACAAGCACCGAAUGAAAUAAGAACAGAAAAAGAAUUUUGUCAUCGAAAACAAGUUUCAAUUUCCAACCGCAGCUGCCUUCGGAUAUUUCGACGAAAUGGCGGCCAGUUAACAUAUUGAAAAAUUGUAGAGGAAACCCACCGCAGCGACCACAAAGACGUCGCAUGUGAAAAAAAAUCAACACACACCGGAUAUGUAAUAUGACGGAUAACGAAUGUAUCUGCCCGAUAUGUCUUCAUCCGACGUGUCCGUUGCCAUCCGCGGAACCACCGUACGACGAGCUGACUCACGAAGUCGACGACAACGUGAUAUCCGUGAAAAUACCAAAAAACUGUGGAAUCGAUCCAGACCCGAGAGACGAGGAGAGACUGAGCUUCGAUUUUAAUUGCACGGAUUCAGAAGGUCAAAAAUGCAAGACUGGGUGCACCAAGGUGCACGUGAUACCGGAAAAGCGUCCGCCGGGGAAAACUGCCGAUGAGGAACUGUUAUCGUUGAAGUCCAGAAGGCACGUGAUGCCCAACGAGGAUGUACAGAAUACGCUCGAAAUUGAAUUUAAAGCACCGCGAAAUUACAUUCCUUUACCAGAACCGGGGCCACCCCCGCCCAUAAUUGUACCGAAAGUGCGUAUCAGGAGGAGGAGACGGAAACGUGGAAAAAAGUAGAAAAUCGUAAGAACGCAAUUACAAGCCUCCGCUUUGACAAAAGAACAUUUCCAGCUGAAGAGGGAAACAGGGAAAUGGAAUGGCAACUAGGUAACUGGGUUUCCCUUCGUUUCGUUAAAUGCGCAACGUUCAAACGACAACGCCGUUGCUCCAUCUCCGGUUUUUAGGGAAACGAGGUUGAUCUCGACGAUGCCGGAAUACGUUUGGCACAAAAUCGGGCCUCUUCAGGGAUUUACGGCCGACACGAAACUAAAGCAGCUCGCCACUUUGUCGUAAACGCAAGGCUACUAACCGGGAGACCGAAUAAUGGAACGAUAAAUCACUAGCAUUAUAUUCUUACGCAUCUUGGGGGACGAUAAAUCAUAUCGCGCAGCGAACCCAUACGGAACCCCGCGGUAUUAAACGUUUUCGGAGCCAUUGUCUUCCGCGUUGGCAGCCAGGAUCUUUUUAAGCCCUGCCUUAUGCGUCUCAUCUGCCUCGACGGAGCACAGGUGCAUCUACGAUUAAUGCUGUUCGCAAUUUCUGCGACAACGGAUGACAACGUACAAGUCAAAGACAAAUCGUCACGACAAACGAACAAGUCGUAAAUCUUUCGCUCCGCCCGAGAUCUUACGUUUUCAAUUAAGUUAACAGCCAUCUGUCCUACCCCGAUUGUUAAUA